AUGGCGACCGCAGCACCCCUCCACGCUACUCCAGCACACAACCUCUCCCAGUCUGCUCGUGCGGAAUCAAACCAGACCAGCGUUGACAGCAGCUUCAUCCCUCGAGGCGAUGCAGUUGUCACACUAAACUACUUCCGCCCACCAGAAGACGGAUCAGUGCCUUUCAACUAUGUUGAAAAACCUCCUGCGGGACAACCAGAGCGCAACUUCGGUGAUUUUGACAUCAAGGUCCCUAUACAUGACAUUCGAGGCGAGGAGUCCAAAUACACCCUCGACAAAGAUGCGUUUACUGUGAUUUCGAAUGUUCCUGAAUCGGCCGAGCGGGAUUUCACAGACGAUGAGUCGAUCAAGAAGAAUUACUAUCCCGAGGUUGAGAAGUUGAUCUUGGACAAUGUGCCGGGUAGCAACCGAGUCUUCCUCUUCGACCACACCAUUCGCCGAGAGAACCCCUCUGCCCCUCGCACCCCGGUCACACGAGUGCACAUUGACCAGACCAGAAAGUCCGCCACGCAACGGGUGCGACACCAUCUUCCCGAAGAAGCAGACAAGCUUCUCAACGGCCGAUUCCGAAUCAUCAACGUCUGGCGACCCCUGAACGGUCCGGUCCAAGCAUCCCCUCUUGGCUUUGCCAGCUCUUCGACCCUGAAGGAUGAGGACCUUAUUCCCAUCGAGCACAGAUAUCCAGACCGCACCGGUGAGACCGCUGGCAUUAAAUACAGCGAUAGCCAGAAGUGGUACUACCUGUCGGGCAUGAGGAACGAUGAAAGAUUGCUUCUGGAAUGCUUUGACAGCGAAGCUUCAAAGCCCGGUAGCAAGGUCCAAGGAGGACGUGUGCCUCACACCGCCUUCCGCGACCCUCGAACGCCUGCAGGUGCGCCAGGUAGAGAGAGUAUUGAGGUUAGAGCUUUAGUGUUCGGGCCAUGA